UCUAUUUUUGAAGCCUUAAUGAGGAGUUUAUUUCUCAAAUAUGAAAUGCGCCAUUAACCCCUUGAGUGGCAGUUAGAGUCCACAAUUCUGUUUUCGUUCAAAUCGGUAAAAAUUGUUGGUCGUCACGUCAACAAAGCCGUUCAGUGUAUAUAACAUUCCCGCGUUUGGACGAAGGUAAGAGAAGUCAAUAAUAUUUGGGAAGGGUAAAAAUGUCAGCAAUUUUUAAAUACCAAAGUUUCUGCUGUUCAAAAUACAAUUUCCUAAUGAUAAUGGAGGACGGGGAGUGUUUACCAGUCAGCUGAAAGUUAAUUUGUGUUUUUCUUUCUGUAUUUUUGCAGUUUUUCCUGAGACUGAACAUUGGCCUAACUUGAAAUAAUUCAUAUCGUUGGAAUUUCCAAUAAUAUCAACAACAUGGCGGAGGAAUCUCUUGACUCCAAGGAGGUUUUGGAACGCAUGGAGUCCCUGCUGGGAAAGGAUAGAGAGCUCCGCAGUCUGGAGGAAGUUCCCCAGAUGUUCAGCGUGAUGAAAGCUUCUACCACGAUGGCCAGCAUGAGUGUCUGCCUCAACGUGCUGCUGCAGACACAAUCUCACGAUAUUCUCCAAAGGUUCAUCAAAGUGGGAGGCUUCCAGCUGCUCUCCUCCUGGCUCACCCACUCUGAAAGCACCAACAACACCCCGCUGCUGCGGCUCAUCCUGCUCACGCUGCAGAAGCUGCCUCUCAAAGUGAACCACCUCACACAGAACAACGCAGCCAAGUUCGUGAAGCAGCUGAGUAAAAGUGGAGAAACUGAAGGUGAGUUUGAGACUGAAAACAGCAUAAAUGUUGGUUUGAG